AUGAACCGCAUUUUUACAAGACAUGGAAAUCCAGAUUGUAUCGCAUUUUUUUUGGGAAUUGAUGGUCUGACGGAGAUUUUGAUAUUAGACUUCCACAAGGACUGGCAGCGUCGUGUGCGCGUGCACUUCGACCAGCCUGGCCGCAAGCACCGCCGUCGUGAGGCCCGUCUCGCUAAGGCCGCCGCUGUUGCUCCUCGUCCGGUUGACAAGCUGCGUCCCGUUGUGCGCUGCCCUACCGUCAAGUACAACCGCCGUGUCCGUGUCGGCCGUGGUUUCACCCUUGCUGAGCUGAAGGAAGCUGGUAUCCCCAAGAAGCUCGCUCGCACGGUCGGUAUCGCCGUUGACCACCGCCGUGUCAACUACUCCAAGGAGUCGCUCGUUGCCAAUGUCGCUCGUCUCAAGGACUACAAGGCUCGCCUGAUCCUUUUCCCCCGCAAGAGCGGUCAGUUCAAGAAGCUUGACUCGUCCGCCGACGAGGUCAACGCCGCCAAGGCUGCUUUCGCCGCCGAGGGCAAGACUGAGGGUUACACCACCAAGCUGGGCGCUAUCUUCCCCAUCAAGAACAUCUCCGCCGCUGAGGCCGUCACCGAGGUCAAGCGCGAUGAGCUGCCCAAGGGCGAAGAGGCCGCUUACCGCCGCCUGCGGGAGACCCGCAGCGAGGCCCGCUACAAGGGCAUCCGGGAGAAGCGUGCCAAGGCCAAGGCUGAGGAGGAGUCUGCUGCUAAGAAAUAA